UUUUCCUCUCUCUCUCUCACACACACUUUUAACAUGUUGGAUCAUUUAGUGGGAAGACCGUCAGUAAAUUGGAAAAGAACACAGGUGUUAUUAACGUUAUUAUUUGGAUGGCAUUUUCUUGUAAAUGGUAAAACAAGACAGUUACCCACCUUACUGCAAACUUUGAAUAAAAAAAUCGUGGGUGGUUCUCCUUGGAGAAUUGCGCUUGCGUCCUGGAUGUUUUACUAUCUUUCAGAAAAUAUUCUUUUAUUGGUCGGUUUAAAUGCACCUGAUCCUCUUGCAAGAUUGUACAAACGUAGUUUUUAUCGUGCAACAUGGAUCUUGACAGCACUGGAUGCCGGUUUUUUCACAGCGAUGCCAUUCAAACCCGUGUGGUUACGACACAUCCUAUCCAUUUUAUUUUCAGCCUAUUACCUCGUUUUUGCCGAUGCCGCAGAGGAGAAAGUCAGACGCUUUCGAUCUACCAUUUCUAUCGAACAGAUGCGUAACUCUUGGGAAAAGGUUGCUCAGAAUCCCAUCUUGGAAGUGGCUUCCAAGAUACUUCGUCCAAGAUUAACUAUACGGGAUAUUUUGUCUGUAGAUCGACCUCUUUAUCAUCAGGACUUACCGCCGAUUGAGGUUUACCGUUAUUAUACAGGUAAAAAGGAGACUUUUGCUGAUCACGAUACUAUCUUGUUGCAAUUCCCUGGUGGUGGGUUUGUGUCAAUGCCUCCUCCUUGUCAUGAAGAUGCAUUAGCUACUUGGGCUAAACAUACAGGAUUCCCCGUAUUGAGUGUGAAUUACAAAAAGGCACCGGAAUAUCCUUAUCCUUGGCCCAUCGAAGAAUGUUUUGAUAUUUAUAUUGCCUUGAUCGAAAGUAAAGGAAAAGUCAUUGGACUCUCUGGAGAAAAGGACAUUAAUAUUAUUUUGCUCGGUGACUCUGCUGGAGGUAACAUUACUGCAGCAGUAACGCUCAAGAUCCUUGCUCAUAACCAACAAUUGGCUUUGAAAGAUGGUCUUCCGGAACAAACUACAUCAACAUAUCUCGACUCUAUUCAUAUCCAGGUUCCCAUCGGUCUUGUUCUGAUUUAUCCUUGUCUUGAUUUUGAAAUGUCGUGUUGGAUGUCUCAUUCACAGCUGUCUUUGAUUCGUGCUGAAUCAAAUACAAGCCUGUUCCGUUCUAGUUCAUUAGAAUCGAUUUGGCAGACAAAGGAUCAUUUAAGUCAUGCUAGUCCCUUGAGUGUUGUACCUGAUUUAGAAAAGAAACAGAGUUUAUGGAAGCGUGCCUUGGGUAUCAAGCCUACAUUGAAGCAGCGUAUGGCAGAUAGAGCACAUCCUAUUCGAGAUCAAAUCCAGACAAAAGAUUCAUGGGCUACAGCUCGACUUGCCAUGACCAGUAGAAUGAGUUUCUUUAAUGACAGAGUGAUCACACCUGAUUUGAUGAGAGCUAUGGCUAUUUUAUAUCUAGGACCUCAUGCUUCACCAGAUUUUGAAGCCGAUUACCUUUUAUCACCUGUGCACGCACCCGAAGAUCUUUUAGCACAAUUUCCCAAGACUUACAUGAUUUGUGGUGAGAAAGAUCCGUUGGUAGAUGAUACUGUUAUCUUUGCAGGUCGCAUUCGACAAGCAAAACGCAAAUAUCGACAAGAUAACCCAUUGGAUGAGGAUUUCCCCAGCGGAGAUGGUGUUCGAGUCAAGUUUUUAGAGGGUAUCAGUCAUGCAUUCCUUCAGAUGAUGCCCUUCUUACCUGAGGCACAACAAGCAGCCAAGACAAUUGGAGACUGGGUAAAAGAAAUUUCUGAAAAUCAUCAGAAGGGACAGGCAGUCUGGAUCCAUAAGAAUAGAGGAAACAGUACUACCGAUCCUAGUGAAUUAGGAGAUCAUCAUGUAGCCGAAAUCAUUACUAGUGAAAAGGACAUGAUUCAUCGUAGAAAACAACAAUUGGUUAAUGGAUUGUUUUAAUAAAAAAUAAAAAUAAUAAAUAUAUAUAAAU